AUGUUUAUUAGUCUACUGCCACAUCGACUAAGACAUUUCAUCACUUUUCCAAUUCAAGGUGGUAGAAAAAUAAAAAUCCAUUCUAAAUUGUUUCAAUCAACUGUCUGCAUUUAUGUGUCGAAUAUGUUGAAUUCAGUAGAACUCAGCAUAAAAUUGUGCAAGGUGUUUUAUUAUUCUUUUGCCACUUCUGCUUUGAUGCUUGACGAAGUUUGGUUUAAAAAUUUAGUUUUUGAUCAAACUUGUCAUGUUGUUUGCUGUUGA